AUGCAUCCUUCCUGGUAUGUUUCGGAGCAAGUCAGCUCCAAAAGCGUGGAGUUUAAACUCACUCAGUGCAACACAAAAGCCAACUGUUUGUGUCAGGUGUUGGUGACGCUUCUGAGUCUGUAUGAGGGGCUCUGGGCUCUGCCUGGCCCCCGACUGAGGCCUAUGGACCCCCGAGCCGAGUUUGACUCUAUCGUCAGCCUGGCAAGAAACCUGCUGAGUGAUACCAAGAACCUCUUCAACCAUUUUAAAAACCGCUAUCCAGCUGAAGGCGAACACAAGUUGGAAACGUUGCCUGUUUUGUCCAUGAAUGCCGUGGAACUUGCCAACAUUCAGGUCUCUGGGGGACUGGCCCGGCUCAGUUCCGACUUGCAGUGCUACCAGCGCCACUUUGAAUGGCUGCGCAAAGCAGCACCACUACUGCUGCGGCCCAUGGAGCAUGACAUUAGCACAGUGCAUAGCCGGCUUGAACGCCUUCUCAAAAGACUGGAACACCUGAUGACAAAGCUCAGCCUUUCACGACCCAACGAUCCACUGCCGACCCUCCCGGCCCAUGGGACUCAUUGGUCCGUGGUUCAGGCAGGACAUGCCAUUGUCCACUCAUUUCAUCUUUACCUGGACUGGGCAGCCCGUGUGCUGGUUCUGAUCCGGAACAAACUGUGA